AUGGCACAGUACUCGUCUGUUAAUUUCUACCAGGAAAUCGACAGACUCUUUGGAGCUCAGGUGAAAGGAAUGUUCAAAGCAUAUGCCUCAAAUAACAAGAAACUGGGAAACAUGAACAGCCGGAAAUCAUUCUUGGUCCGCUGUAGGAAAAACGGAGUUUUCCCAAGGCAUAUCACCGAUCAUUUCCGUUGCGUUUUUCCGUUACUCGAAGAAAACAGUCCGUACAUCAACCAGAUCCAGAACUGCACAAACCGGUUUAAAAGGUCAAUACUGAACAUAGAAAUAAAACAAACCUACCACAACAUAAAGCUGUUGAAGAAACAGCUGAGCACCCUCGCCACCCGCAUCAGUUCCUCUGUGUCGCCCGAGAUCUGCCAGACCUUCUUCUCUAGUCAAAGAUCUUUCUACGAGAAGCACCUACUGGACCAAACCGCAACAACGAAGAGGAAGUUCGGCCAAAUCUUCCAGAAAAUGGAAAACAACACCAACUCACCUCAACCGAAUUUGAAGGCGAUCCACAACGGAACCAACAUAAACAUUCCACCGGAAACAACAACGUUGCUGAGCUUAGGACCCAAAUUUGCUCUCCCAAUCACCGAUCCGCAACAAAACCCGUACUUUCACCUCGUAGCAGAUGUGGAGAACAUCCUGAAAACCAACCCAGACAAUAGUUGCCAAGACCACAACCGUUGUGCAAUUACCAACAUGAUCCAGAACCACCUCCAUAAAAUCCACAACAGACCACAAGCAAAGGAUGCACUCGUCAAGUUCUGUGAAUCUGCGGAAAGGAAAACAAGAUUAUUCUUGAAACAGAACCCCAACCUAGCGGUUCUACAAUCCGACAAAGGCAACAAAACCGUCAUCAUGAACAGCGAGGAGUACAAACAAAAGAUGCUCGACCUACUGAAGGAUGACCACACCUACCAACCCAUCACACGUGAUCCCACAUCACGGUUCCAAAAACAAAACAACAACCUCGUACAGCGUCUACACACCCUGAAGUUGAUCGACACAAAAACAUCCUACAAACUCAAAACGCACAGCGCACUGUGCCCAAGGAUAUACGGCCAACCUAAAGCACACAAACCUGGACUGCCGCUGAGACCGGUAGUGCCCAACAUAACAGCACCGUCGUAUCACCUGUCCAAGUUCGUGGGACAGAUGAUCCGCAAGUCGAUCCACAGCCAGUACAACGUCAAAAACUCAUUCGAGUUCUGUGAGUUCAUCAACACUGUCACAUUACCUCCUGGACACGUGUUGAUCUCGCUCGACGUCGUGUCCCUGUUCACCUGCAUACCGAAAUUACUGGUCACCCACGACAUUAUCUAUGGGUGGGACAACAUCAGAGAGCACGCCAACAACAUCUGCUUGGACCUCUUCUUAGAAUUGGUUGAGUUCUGCAUCGAUGCGAGCUACUUCAAGUUCAACGAGCAGCACUACCAACAGAUCUUUGGCACAGCUAUGGGCAAUCCUCUGUCAUCAACAACAGCAGACCUAGUAAUGGAGAACCUCCUAGACUAUGCAAGCCAGAAACUGGACUUCCAGCUUCCGUUUUUGAAAAAAUACGUUGACGACAUCGUAACGGCCAUCCCCCUAGCCAAGCUGGACCAUGUCAUGGAAGUCUUCAACUCAUACGAUGAACACCUGCAAUUCACCUACGAACUGGAAACUAACAACCGACUUCCAUACCUGGAUAUGUUGUUAGUCCACAAAGAUGACCAAACUGUACGCACUGAAUGGUACCAAAAACCCAUUGCCAGUGGUCGCUUUCUGGACUACUGCUCCUUCCACCCCACCUACCAGAAGCUUAACACGGCUUCCAACCUCAUCAACCGGAUCAACACCUUCUCCACAAACCACACCGACCAGCAGAGGACCAAAAUUAUGGACGAACAGCUAAAAAUCAACAACUACCCCAAAUCACUUCGCAAUCGCCUGAUCAACCGCAGAAACUGCCGUCCGAUCAACCUACCUGACCAAACAAAUGCAACUCCGGACCUGCAACAUACUUACCGGAGCAUAGCAUACUUCCCGAGUUUGACGGAGCAGAUCAGAAAACACCUGAAAAAGGACUACACACCCAUAAAACUGGCCACAAGAAACAUAAAAACAACAAAAAUGUUGUUCACACAAAUGAAGGACACCACCCACAAAGAAGACCACAAAAACAUCAUCUACAGCAUCCCAUGCAACGACUGCAACCAACAAUAUGUACCCCUGACGACGAUCUCCAACUAA